AUGACAUCCGUCGACCUUCCCACCAUGAGCGAUUUCCUUAUUAUCGGCGGUGGAACAGCUGGACUGGUGGUUGCUUGUCGUCUCUCAGAGAAUCCUGAGUUUAAAGUGAUUGUUUUAGAAAGCGGAAGUGACGCCACUACCGACCCGCGCGUGAGAGACCCUCGGCUAUGGCGAUCAAGUUGCUCUGAUUUGGACUGGAAGAUGAAGAUUGAGCCGCAGCCCGGUUUAGAGAACAGAGAACAAGAUUGUCCGGCAGGGAAAGUUCUCGGUGGGUGUUCUUCAAUAAACGGCCUGGUGUACCUCCCUCCUUCGCCAUCCGGAAUUGACGUAUGGGCAAAACUCGGAAAUACUUCCUGGACAUGGGACUCACUUCGUCCAUAUAUCCAGAAAAGCAUUACAGUAACCCCGCCAAAGCAUGAAACACAGACCCGAGAUACACUGAAUGACGCCGCUCCCAGUGGGUCGAUCAAAGUGACAUACCCCGCCCUUGCAGAUAAAGCGAGCGAGCCCCUUAUCCAGGCAUGGCAUCAAGCCUUCAGAGAUCAAGGAUACGAGCAUGUUGUUGAAAUCAUUCCUAAAAACAAAGUCAUUGGUACCCGUGACUAUACUGCCACUAUCGAUCCAACAUCCGGUCUUCGAAGCAGCGCAGAUAAUGAGUACGGCGCAAUAGCCGCCUCUCGAUCAAAUGUCACUAUCAUCACAAAUGCUACAGUUGAACGUAUUUUGCUUGAAAAUUCAUCUGCUGGCCCGAUGGCUACUGCUGCCGAGUUCAUCCACAGCGGUGAAAGAUAUGUCUUAAAAGCGACGAAAGAAAUCAUUCUUGCAGCGGGAGCCAUGCACACACCAAAGAUACUUGAGCUUUCGGGGGUUGGUGAUCGGCAUCGGCUCGACGAUCUCGGAAUUCCAGUUAUCCAUGAUUUACCAGGCGUCGGUGAAAACUUCCAAACACAUUUAAUGAGCGUUAAGACAUUCCAACUCAAGGCUGGCGAUCAUUUGGAAGGCCUUAAACCUGAAAUGAAAGCAGUUGCAUUUACUCGUCUCAGCUCAGAAGAAUUCUCCAAUUUGUUUUCGGCACACAAAAUCGACGGAAAGGCUGGACAAGUCAUCAAAUCCAUUCUCCAAAAUCCGGACAACGCAUCGGCCUGUUUCCUCAUAGGUGUUCUCCCUGGAAACAAAGCAAUUAUUGCCGCAAUCUCCUGCUUUCCAUUCUCCCGAGGCAGCAGUCACAUCUCUUCGAAUAAUCCCCAAGAUCUACCAACUGUCGAUGCAGGCUUAGCAGCCAAAGAAUUGGACAUUGAAAUACUCGCUCGGCAUAUUCGGGACCUUUACCAAGUCGUCUCACAUGAACCCUUAAGUACAUUUUUUGAAGUAGGUGAGAUGCAACUCGACCUCGAAGGUAUUAAGAAUCAAAUCAGAGCAACGGGGUCUACCACACAUCAUGCUUGUGGCACCACUGCAAUGUUUCCUCAGGCCGACGGUGGCGUUGUUGAUGAGCAGUUGAAAGUCUAUGGCAUACAGAAUUUGCGGAUUGUUGACGCAAGCAUUUUUCCGCUUAUCCCUCAUGCGAACCCUAUCUCUACUGUUUACGCUGUGGCCGAGCGAGCUUCGGACUUGAUCCGAGGAAACCACCUGAAUUGA